CGCACCGCAGCGCUUCAGGAGGAGGGGGGGAAUUUUUCCGCACCCACGUGCUCUCCCCUCCCUCACUCACACAUAAUAAACCAGCCCCGACAAAACUAGUGUUCUCAUUCCUCUCUCAUGCUUCUCAUUCUUAGCUCCGCAAGCUGAGUUGCCUUUUCCAGUGGAGUACACCGGCAGUUUGAUGACGAAAGCUCCCGCAUUCACCGUCAAUUUUCGGCAAUCAGCGCCGCUGUUGGUGCGGCACAAUCACACGCAAGCCACGCUGCUGGUAGUAUACAUAGGAGUGGUUAAAACAGGAAUCCACUUUCCGGCGUAAAUGGUUAUCGCAGUGAUUCGCCCGACUCGUACUAGUCGUCCGCUCGACGUCGGGUUACGACAUUUUUUUGCUAUGAACGAGCAGCCACAGGCACUUGGCGACAGCGGCGACGGCAGCACUCUUAUUAGCGGCAAUAAUAAGCGAUCCAAGGUCGUUCAUGCGCACGAUUGGAGUCUCAAGGCCCUUAAAGCUGGCCCCGGCGGCGGCGGCGCCGCCGCCGCCGGCCGUCGCGACCGAAGAAAGCUCGAUUCCGCGUCAUCGUCUCCCGGAAGAGACGAACGCGAAGCGUCGCCGCCAUCCCGGGAACGGUCUCCCGCCACGGUGGCGACGACGCCGUCCCUCCAGGGAGCGGUCUCCCGCCACCGUGAUGAUGAUGAUGAUGAUCGCCAUUAUCUUCAACACCGCCACCAUUACCAUCACCAUUUUCACGCGGCUUCCAGCAGUGCCGGCUCGGCGACGGCCGCAGUGGGAGUCACCGUGACUGCGCCGGCAGUAAAUCCCGGGUUUUCUUCCGUGCCGAACGCCGCAAUCCGUCGGCGAAGCGUCGCUCUGACGACAACGGUGCCUGGGUCCGAGCCGCCGCCGCUAGUAACAGUGUUACCAGCGCGCGAUGGCGGCACCAAAGUGGCGAAUGCCGCAAGCUCAGACAUGGAUUUCGGUGGCAAUGUCCGUCCGGCGUUUCCUACUAAUAGGACUACUAGCACUAGUAGUGACGCUGCUCCCCAGCUCGGUGCUACAGCCCCUGCUGCGGGUGGUUCCUCUGAUAUGCCGCUGGCGUCACCCACACCGGCCGCCGCCACCAGUGGCGCUGCUACCAGCAGCCGCACCGUGAGCGGAACUUCUAGCACGGGCGGUGCUGUUGCUGCUGCCGGUCACCAGCACGGCGGCGGAGGCGGCGGAGGUGGAGGAGGCGGCGGAGGCGGCGGAGGUAGAGGAGGCGGCGGGGGCGGGGGGAUGGUAACGUGUCGCGUGGAUGGGUGCGGGGAGGAUCUGUCGGGUGCCCGUCCGUACAACCGGCGGCACAGGGUGUGCGGGGUGCACACGCGCGCGGCUGUUGUGAGCGUGGACAGCAACCGGCAACGGUUCUGCCAGCAAUGCAGCAGAUUUCAAGACCUGGACGACUUUGAGCCAGGCAGGCGCAGCUGCAGGCAGAGUCUGCAGUACCACAACAAGCGCCGCCGCAAGGGCGACGCCAAAGCGCUCCGCACUCCCAGCGCGGGCGCAGGCGUCGGCACACCCCCAGGGGAGGGCCACACGGGGGGAGCUGUUGACCCUGGACGAGCGUCGAGCUUGGGACGAGACGGAGGGUGGAGAGGCGAGGAGCAGCGGCCAGGAGGCACAGGAUCAUCCAGUGAUAACUCUGGAGAGGCACCCGUGGCAGGCAUCUACCAAGGCCUGGCCGGUCAAGCUGGUCAAAAGGGACAAGCGGGACAAGUGGGUUUGUCUUUUCGCGGUCCAGCAGACACGGACGGGCCGAGGGAGCAGCAGCAGCAGCCCAGUAGCCACUCGACGCAGAUAUCUCUUGCAAGUUCUGACUUGGUGCUAAGUCAGCUGCAAAACACAUCAGCAGCAGCAGCGGCAGCAGCAGUCGGACAGCAGGAGCAGCUGAGCCAGCAGCCCCGGAAGCAGAACGCGCCUCUGCAGUUUCUACUACAGCAGCAGCGCAGCACGAGCAGCGGCAGCACUGGGUAUGGCAGCAGCCUAGCUAUCGAUCGAGCCGAGGGACAGGUCGCUUUCUUCGAUGCACAGCAGCCGCUUCAGGCGCUUCAGGCGCAGGCGCAGCAGCAGCAGGCACCUCUUGUGCUGCACCAGCAACUGCUGCAGCUGCAGCAGUCGACGCUUGCGCUUCGACCCGUUGUACCAACUCCGGCGAUUCAAGUGGUUACAUCAGCUCCACAGUCGGCAGCCGUUGCUAUCAGCCACAGCUGGGGAGUGGAGCAAGCACACGGGGAGUUGCCUGUGUCAGCAACAGCAGGCGCAGCAGGGAUGGUUGCGUCAGCAAGAGCGAAGAUCAACGCAGGAGCAGCGAGGGACGGGAUGUCAUACUCUGCUGCUUCCCAGUCAAUAGCAAGGCCCCCUGCCAUCACAUCUCCUCUGCUGAGAGAGCAUGCCACUCCUUGGUCUGCCGCUGCUGCCGCUGUAGCCGCUGCAGCCACCGCAGUCACUGACUCGGCUCCUGUUGCUGCUGCUCCGCUUCCCCCGCUUCCACUGGUACCUCCUUCCGGCAACCCGCUUGGGUUCGACCCAACGCCAGAUGGGCGGUUGGGCACGUCCCUCUCACUCUUUGAAAGCCAUAUCUCCCUCCAAUCUCCCACAAGGCUCCAGCAGCCUCCGCCCCCUCCUUUCCACAUGGCUCCUCCUACUCCUCCUUUCCCUCCAAUGCAAGACCAGAUUCUGCUGCCGCCGCUCCCGCUCCCUCUCCCAUCCUCACCAUCUCUCCCCCCCUCCUCUUUUUCGCCCCACCUCUUCCCUCUCCCUCGCAGUAGCCCUCUGCCCGCUCAAUUUCCAGGUGCACAACCCCAAGGAAGUUACGCAAUGAACCCAGCAAUCAGCCCCCCUGCCUCGCUUGCUACUGCCCACCAAGCACCACGGGAUGCUGCCGAGCCUGCAGAGACGACAUUUCACCUUGGCCGUACACCAGCACCACACGAUCUGGCUAUUCCUCCCUUUGCUGCCGCUCUUGGUGCUGCUGCUCCUGUCGCUGCCGAAGCACCACUCACCGUGCCGCACCACACAACCCCCUCUCUCGCGCUGCCUUUCUCCAUCCCGCUGCUGCAGCCGAUGCAGUGGCAAGCGGAGCAACCAAUGCAGGCAUUAGGGGAAGGGGAGGCAGACUUGGGGUUCGGGAAACUUGGCUUUGGAGAGGGGCGAGCAGAAAGACGAGCCGAAGGAGGUAUGGUUGGUGGGGUUACAGGUGUGGGGAUGGGGAGAGGGAGCGAGGGAAGGGAGGGAUGUGGGGUUUCCGGGGUGAGGCAUGCACACAUAACGGGGGGGGAUCAUGGGGGGCUGAUGAGACUGCAUGGUGGUGGCUGGAUGGUGGGUGGAACAGAGGGAGCAGCAGCAGCAGCAGCAGCAGCAGCAGCAGGUGGGAUUGGAGGAGAGGAGGAAGGAGGAGAGAAGGGAGGAUGUGGAGAGGGAGGAGGGGGGGGGGAGGGGGGAGAUGGGCGGGGGGGUGCAGAGGAAGCGGAGGGGCUGACGGGAGAGCUGAGGGAGAUGAGAGAGCUGGAGCACCUGGACUUCUCCCCAUGGCAUGCGGGGUAUGGGUUUGGCGGCGCUGAGUUUGGCAGCGGCUUGUGAGAUGGGGAGGAAGGCACAGCGAGCUGCACGAGGAUGCUAGAUGCCUGCUGCUGCGGCGGCAAUGGGUUUGAGUAGCUGGCUGCUGUGGGUCCGACCACUCGGUUUGGGCACCCGGCCUCCUCCCUGCCUCCUCCCUACCUCCUCCCUGCCUCCUCCCUACCUCCUCCCUGCCUCCUCCCUGCCUCCUCCCUGCUUCCUUACCUGCUACUUCCCUGCAUCCGGCAGUGUCUCUGUGUUCGCCUCUAUCUGUAGCGUGGGUACCACCCCUACAUACUACCACCAAGGUAGUGGGGUGGGGUGCGGUGGAAUGGGGUGGGGGCAGAUCAUGGGGUGCACUAUGCUCAGCAUCUCUUGGGUUGGAUUGAGUCUGUAGGUUGUCUCUGGUCUCUUUCCUCCUCACUGCCCCCAUCCUUUUUGCAAUCAAGCAAAAUCCAUUGGACCGUCGUCCAUAUUCAUCUCACUGUACUACCUCAGUACUGAAAGAAUUCGAAAGGUGGUGUAGGAGACUAAGCAUAGAAUCUGCAGACACAAGUCUUUGAAGUAGAAAGUACUACCGGAAGUACCUCCAGUAACAGCCAGUAUUAACAAGUUGUAACACCAGAGUCAGUGUUACAGCCUUGUGAUACUUCAAGAACCAAGGAUCUUUGCUGGAAUGGUAGACUAGUAAGCAGGGCCUCAGAUUGCAGGCUUUUUACCC